AUGAACACCCUCUCCUCCGUGGCUAGGUGGCGUGCAUCAUCUUCAGCGAUGGAGUGCUUGGACGCCUCCUUCGUGCGCGUGAUGUCCUCGGGGUUGAACCCUGCCUCCGCCUCCGCCGCAUCCUCCUCCCCUCCGCAUCCACCUUCAAAACCGCAACCGCCGAUGCCUCCCGACUAUCUCCACCGGCGAAUCGGGCCGGGGAGUAAGAAGAUGAGCGCGGAGCCAAUCACUCGCUGGCUUGGGGUGGACGCCGCUCGAGCUCCCCUCCCCGACGGCGGCAUAGCUGAAGCGGCGGUCCCCAUCCACUCCUCGGCGGGUGCUGCGGCCGGCCCACCUCACCCAAAUGCGGGCUCCACGAUUGCGGCCGGUGUCGGACUGGCGGCGCAGGCCUUCUUCCUCAGCGAUGGUGAGCCGACCGCCGCUAGGGUUUCCGCGGCCAUGGGGACCGACGGCCAGACGUGCGCGGCGAGUGGGAGAGGAGAUCGGGGGCCGCAUUUUGCCGAGGAAGCUCGCCGGAAAUGGAGUGGGUGGCGGCGGGGUGGAUUGCGGCGAAGGGGAGUUUAG